UUCCUCCAGUUCCCAAUGUCCCAAAAUCCCAAUAAUGCCAUAGAGUAAAAGCAUAUUACGUGAUACGCAUGCGCAAAAAUAAGUGGAAGUAGAAGAGUUACGUGAAACAAAAUUUUAAGCAAUCACGACUCUGAAGUAUAAGCAUAGCAUUUGUAGCAUUUGUGAUUACACUUUGUAUAAUCAUUUGUGAUAUCUAUUACGUAUCAAGAAACGAAUAAAUGGAAGGGACAGAAGAAGAAUUUCCUGCUCAGUGGGCACUUGACCUUCUUGAACCUACACCUCUGGAUCGAUCUAAUCAUAUUUUUAGAUAUUAUGCAGUACCACUUACUACGAUUGCAAUAACAACUGCAGCGGUAAUGAAAAAUAUACUGGAAAAAAAACCCGCAACAGCCAAUAAGCCACACAUAGCAUUGGCAACCGUAGCUGGUUUUGUUCUCGGUUGUGGUAUUCAUUGGCUAUCUGAUAUAAAAUUUGCAAGAAAGGAUGCGAUAAUGAGAGAUUAUAUAAUGCGGCAUCCAGAACGGUUUCCUAAACCAGACAUUAAAAAAUAUGGAGAUAUUUUUGGUGAGUGGAUCCCAUUUCGUUAAAAGAUUGAACUUUAGUCACGGAGUAGACGUAUAAGAUUUAGUACAUAAAGCGUUACAGCUUAAAUGUUUGCUCCAAAACUAUAAAAAGUAAUGAACAAACUUUUCCUACAGUCUUUAUGAUUCUCCAGAGCCUUUUAAAUGAUAAUGGACGAAAGACAAAUAAACAUCUUUACUAAUCCCCUAGAAACUGUUAAAAGAACGUCCACAGCUUUUUGUGUUGAAUGAAAAUGAUCGUCAAAACAAGUUCAAUAUCCGAUAAAGUAUUCCUUAAAGUUAACUAUAGUAAAAAAAAUGAAAUGCACACAUGUAUUACAUGUAGUGUGUAUAAUAGAAACAAACAUGUGAAAACAGGAAUAAGUUACAUAUUGUAUAAAAAUUUAAUUAAAGUCGAUAAAAUGGC